AUGAACCCCAAACUCAUCUGCUCCGGCUGGCUUCUGCUGAUUCUGCUCUUGACGCACGACCAAGGAAGGGCCAAACCGAUGACCAACAUCCAGGCCUUGUCCAAACUGUUAGAAGAGGACCUAGAGCAACCCCUGGGGUCUGAGGAAACAGAACAGGAGCAGGAUGAGACCCUCCUCACAGGGGCCAUGGAGCAACAAGACACUCCCCUCCCCUGGUCCAGAAACCCCCUGGAGGGGGUCCCCAUUUCGGAAAGCGCCCUCCAGCGGCUCUUCAGCGAUCUUCUGGGCUCCUCGCGGAGCUACCGGGGCAGAAGCAAAAAGGGCGUCUCGAGGGGCUGCUUUGGCGUCAAGCUGGACCGAAUUGGAGCCCUGAGCGGGCUGGGAUGCUGAACUGUCAGGAUGACGGCUGCGGCGCCCCAGGUGAGACCCUCAACCCUGGUCCCGCCAGACUCCUCAUUCAACCGCUGCAAACAAAGCCACAUCAAGCAAAACCUCUGAAUCUAACUGCAGCCCAAAUACCGCUGGACCUUCGCGGGCUCAUUCACACGCGCCUGACAAAUAAAAAGUCCUUUUUUCAUA